GUUAUUCGCCUGUACUCCUCCUGAGCUCGUUCAACACGACACGGUUUUACUAUAUUGUCCAUACGAUUGGGUCACUUUGACAUCGCAUCUCUUCUUUGAUACAUUUGUAUCCGGAUCUCACCGGUUGAUUGAAUCUCGUCAUCGAUAACCUUCCAUUCGCGUCCCUCCAGCAUAACGCCUCCACCGUUGCGUUGGCAUAAGGCUUCAUUAUGCUCUAAUUUGGCCCGACUGUCUAGAUUGACACGUGUAGAGGAAACACUCGUCUGAUUAGCAUCAAUAUGACCUCCUCAACCACCUCCUCGACCCUGUCGCACAGCCUGCCCGCCCUGCCCUUUGCUAGCAAGCUGAGUGAGCAGCUCUCGCAGCGGCAGGAGCAGACUGACUCUGGCGCCGAGACAGAGACUGCAGGUGACAAGAACAAUUCACUCGGGCCUCCAUUGCGGCCGUCGCCGAAGUCACGCUCUCUGUCCGACGCCGCCAAACCCGUUUCCUCGCCGCGGUCCAACGCCUCGGACGAUAACCGCCCCUCCAGCAAAGAUGAUACCUCCCUCUCCUCGACUCCGGAAACGCCCCAGCGCUUAUCCAUGUAUCCGGGGCUUCCCUUGAAUCCGACGACGAGCCACACGAAACCCUCCGCUCCUUCUCCUCUGUCGUCGAAUCGAACGCCGCUCUCGCCGAAGCUCGACUCGUCUCAGAUCUACGGAUCGCCCGGAUCGGUACUCCCUCGGCGGUCGAGGGGUCUGGAUUUCUCCAGGGCCUGCACCAACCUUCACCAUUCGACGCUUGCUGAGUCCUCGCCCGACUCGUCCCCAACGAUAGGCGGUCGGGGGAUGAACAUUCCACCCCGCCGCGGCUCGAUCGGAUCGACGUCUGCGCCGUUCUCGACGUCCGGACCAGCGGAUAAGACGACCAUUUCGAGCUCGGUGUCGAGUGUGAAUAUGAUGGAAUCGGAUACCAGCAGCAGCGAGGAGGACGACGAGUCGAUGGAAAAGGAUGAUCUCAUGAUCACCAGUACCCCGCAGGCCAACAAGUUCGCCGGAGGUCCGAGUCCUUUUGCGGGUGGCAACGUUCCCAGUCCUGGGAAUGACUGGAUGGGCGGAUAUUCGCAGGCGGCUGCUAGUUUGAUGAGUUUCCAGAGGGCUCGAUUCAGGAAAGGUCGCAGCCGACAUAGUUCGAGCAGUGCUAGUGGGAACAGCUCCAAGCCGAGUCCUAGCCCGCACUCGCCGCCUGUCAUGAAAAGCAUCGAGAAUCAGAACACCGGAGGGUACUUUGCAUCGAAGGCUGGGAUCGGCCCACGCCGCGAGAGUUUGAGUCUGGGAACCCGUGACCUGCGGUUGUCCGAUCUCAGCGAUGACGAAAGUCGCACCCGGGGACAUAGUCCGAGUACGCCGAGCUCGGAGGGUGGGCCUCUGGGCGUGAUCCGACGAGCCGUGACGCGCCGGGGUAGUUUACUGCCUAAAACCAAGACGUUUGCUCGCAUCCGAGCUGCUCUGAUGGAAGAAACCGCCCCUAUCGAUAGCGAGGCGAAGCGCGAGUCAGAGGUGAUCCGACAAGUUCGCGAGAGCGAGCCCGAAAUUCCCCAGAAAUCGCCCGGUCUGGAUGCUUUUGCGUCCGGUAAUCCUUUCCAGCCGGCCGAACCAUUCAAACACGGCGGAGACACUGUCAGGUUGGGGACCUCUGCUCCGGAUGAACCCAGCUUUAGUGAGGAGGCUCAUCGAAACUCGGCCGGUCAAGAGUUUUGGGAAUCCUUCGAUGAACGAUACCGGACACCCCCACCGCCGCUACGCCGGCCGGGCACGUCCAUCUCGGAAGACGAUCAGGCCAUGGACAUCACGCCCUCGACCGCCGUGCGGUCCUCCGGUGCCGAGUUUGCGAAGCCCGGCGAGCGGCCCAGCUCACGGUCCUCGACACCUUUUGUGGGCCACUCCGGCACCAUCACCGAGUUCAAGCGAAAACGGCAGCGUGAGGAUGACUUUGAAGCCAAUCUGUUCAAACGACGGGCCGUGUCUCCCAGCAUGAGCGUCCAAAGUAGCCCGGUCAUGCCCAAUUCCCCGGUCGUGAAGGAGACCGGACCGAAUAUCUGGGGGCCGCCGCCGAAGUCGAAUCUCGGCGCGCUCUUCCCAGACCGUCCCCCGGAGACUCCUAGUCGCGGAAAUUCCAGCCAUGCGGGCCAUGCGGGGCAUACGGGGACGCUGAAGCGGGUCGGAUUGCAGGGGAUGACAGAGACCAACGACGGACUCAUGAACAUGAGUAUCGAGUAGGCCAUGCGAGCCGGACUCGCCGUGCUGGUAGAUUGUUAAUACAUAUUUAGCGUGGGUGGGCUGGUUGCAGGCGUUGUUGAUUGGACUGUUUAUUUAUAGUGAACUACCGUACUUAAUAUAAUAAAUACAAUUACAUCUCUCAGG